AUGGCACUAGAUCCUCCAAUCGAGGAUGAACAACCAAUUCUCAUACCUGACGAUAUGAGUGAUGAAAUAAUUGACGAUGAACUUAUAGCGCCUGAAGCAAAAAACAAAGAAGUAUUUGUUAAUACUCUGUUAGAUGAUCAAACAUCAUUAGCAGUGGAAAGUUAUCGUAUUCCAUCUUAUCAACUCGAUUGGCAUUUCAUAAAUAAAGAUACAAUACGUGUAACAUUUCGAUUAUAUACGUUUCCGAGACAAACUAACCAUCAAAAUGAUAUUUCUUAUUCAUCAGCAUCAAUCACACCCGUCAAAAAUCGUAAGACAAAAAAACCGACAACAACCACUACAUCAUCACCACCUUUGUCAUCGAUUCAUUAUUUAAAAUAUUAUGUAUUUGUUAUAAAACAUUAUAAAACGAUGAAAGAACGUGCAUUAAGUAUACAACCUCUUAUCAUUAUACCCAAAAAUCAAUCAAUAACAAAAACUGAAUAUAUAUCAACAACAUUAAGAUUAACAGGAUUAAAUAAAAAAGAAAAAUAUUCAGUAUGUUUAUGUUAUUAUCAAACAAACUCUUCUCAAUAUCGACCCGAUUUUCUUCUAUGUCAAGAUAUUAUUAAUGAUUAUUCAAAAUUUAAACAUCAUAAAUCAAACGAUCGUAACGAAUUAUUUUUUAUAAUUACUCAAUAUUCUAUUAUUAUUGCUCUUCUAAUUGCUCUGCAAAGCGUAUAUACGAUGAGAAAAAGACGUAUUGCACACAUAUUACAUCAACAUUUAAUACAAAAAGCUCACACUUUUCGUCAUACACUUUCAUCGGUUAGUCUCGUUCGACAAUCACUUGCGUCAUUGGACACGGCUACAACAGCAGGUGAACAUCAUCGAAAUGGUGGUAAUUCAUCAGGUACACAUAAAACAAGUCAUGCUCUCGAUGAAUUUGAUCAUAAAUUACAAAAUGUUUUACACGAAUCAACAAUAAACGAAGAAGAACACCUAUCACCACCUAAUAUUAUUAUCAACAAUGAUGAUGAACAACAAGGAAAAGUUAAAAAAUCUGCAUCAACAGUCGGUAGUAAUUCAGAUGAAAAAGAACCAUUUCUAAAACAUAUUCACAGUAAAAAUCAUGUUCACUUUUUAUUGGGUAGUAAUACACCAGAAGCAUCUGAUGAUGAAGAUGAUGAAGAAAAAAAGAAACUAGAACAAUCAAACACUAAUUUCCUUCAGAGUUAUGAUGAACGGAUACUGGCAAAAACAGAAGAAGAUAAUGAAAAUGCUGGCCCCUAUAAUGAACAUUCGGAUGCUGUACAAUGUAUGAAACAUAUAUUAGAUACAGCUAAACCAUGGACAGCUGCAACAACAAUUGCAUCACUUUCAGCUGUACCAAGUUUAAGUGAUAGUACAACUCACAUUGGUGAACAAUCAGUAACGACACAAUCACCACCAAGAGUAUUUCAUGUCAGUAAGUCAAAUGUUUGA